CCCAAAACCCUAGGGAACCCUUUCUCCUUCUCCCCCUCCCCUUCCCCUUCCAUAUACCCAUGGCCUGACCCCACCUACUCCUCUAAUCAAUCUCCCCCCACUUAAUCUCUACUUUUCUCAGUCACCGAUUCUCUCUCUAUUUUGAUUCCCGGCGAAAGCUGCGGAGGUUUCGAAGCUCGGAGGCCGUUCAACCAUGGCGAGGCUUCUCCAAAACGCUCUCUCUAUGAAACGCUUCCUCUUACCGCCGCAGGGAUAUAGACGAGGACUACUGGGCACUUCUUCUCAGCUUUGCAGUUUUUCCAGUAAAGGGAGAAAGAAGUCCAAGUCUGACGGAAGUGACUCGGGCGGAGAGAAUAUGUCCAAGAAGGAUCAAGCCCUCCAGCAAGCGCUUGAUCAGAUUACGGAUUCCUUUGGAAAAGGCUCUAUAAUGUGGCUUGGUCGCGCCGGCACUCCUAGAAAUGUUGAAGUUGUAUCCACGGGGUCCUUUUCUCUGGAUCUAGCACUGGGGACUGGUGGAUUUCCUAAGGGACGUGUUGUAGAGAUUUACGGUCCUGAGGCAUCUGGGAAAACUACUCUCGCGUUACAUGUAAUUGCUGAAGCUCAGAAAGAAGGAGGUUACUGUGUUUUUGUUGAUGCUGAGCAUGCUCUUGAUCCUACACUGGCUCAGCGGAUUGGGGUAAAGACCGAGAAUCUACUUCUAUCGCAACCGGAUUGUGGCGAGCAAGCCCUCAGUCUUGUAGACACUCUAAUUAGGAGCGGUUCGGUUGAUGUUGUUGUUGUUGACAGUGUAAGUAAGGUGGCUGCCCUUGUGCCUAAAGGCGAACUUGAUGGGGAGAUGGGUGAUGCUCAUAUGGCAAUGCAGGCUAGGUUAAUGAGUCAGGCGCUCCGCAAAUUAAGUCACUCUUUAUCUCUAUCCAAGACAAUAUUGAUCUUUACAAAUCAGGUCAGGUCUAAGCUCUCGACUUUUGGAGGAUUUGGUGGACCUCAAGAAGUUACUUGUGGUGGCAAUGCUUUGAAGUUCUACGCAUCAGUACGCCUAAAUGUUAGGCGAAUAGGGCUUAUCAAGAAGGGUGAGGAGACAGUAGGUAGUCAGGUUCAAGUGAAGAUAGUGAAGAACAAGCUUGCUCCACCAUUUAGAACUGUUCUGUUAGAGCUUGAGUUUGGGAAGGGUUUAUGUCGUGAAUCAGAGCUCAUUGACUUGGCAUUAAAGAACAAAUUCAUCAUAAAGAGUGGUGCACAUUAUAAUUUAAAUGGUCGAAACUUCCAUGGCAAAGAUGCUUUAAAAAGGUUUCUGUCCGAGGAUGAUGCUGCUAAAGAAGAACUCACAUUGAAGUUGAGGGAGAAGCUAAUUGAUGUUGCGGAAGACAAGGAUCUUGAAACCGAACCUUUGGAUGAAGGUCUAACUGAGGAAAUUAUUUCACCAGAUUCUACUGAUGAAGAUGCAGUUACAGCAGUUGGAGCGUAAAGUGUUUGGAUAGCCUAAAAAAGUGUCAACUCAACGGCUUCAAGUAAUGCUUGAGGAGCUACUGCCUUAUUCUCCCGCUCAGCUGGCUCAAGUAGAAUUGUCAAGAAGCCUUUGUUUCAGGCUCACUUGCUCCCUUGUAUAUCAGUAUCGUUACUUAUCACUAUAUAGGGCAUUAGGUCGUGUAGUGAAAUUUUGUGGAUAUUCCGGGGCAGUUUAGAGUGUAUGUCUUUCGAAAAUCUUAAUUCACCUUUGGUGGUUAUUAAAUGUUCAGUUGUAUGCUGUAGCUAUAUGAAUUCUCUGCACUGUUAGUUAUUAUCA